UUUGGUUUGGUUUGGUUUGUUUAUUUUUAGCCUGGACAAUAGUCAAACAUGGAAGGAAGGGUCUAGUGAGUGUGAAGUGUCCAUCCAUGGAGGUGUUAGAACUUGACUGGACAAGGGCCUGUGCAAUGACAUCUGAUUUAUCUUGUACUGGAUGGCAUGUGAAAAUCCCUGCCAAACUAAACUGUCCUAUUACUCCGUGAUUGCUGAAAGAACAGACAUUAUUACUUCAGAAAUGAGUUGCUAAAGUUGUGUUUAGGAGAACACAAGUCAAAUAAAGUAUGCAAGGUUUCCUUGAAAUUGCAUCAGCAACAAGCAGAAAUGCAUAAUGUUAAUUUUAUUUAUUUAAUGUUAAUAUUAUAUUAAUGUGAAAAAAGUAAGAUAUUGCAUUGGUAAUUUAUGGCUUAGAAUUUUUGUUCCAGAAGGUACUGUACUAUUUGAGAGAAAAUUAGGCAGGAGACCUGGUGAGAAUGCAAGGAGUUUUUAUAUUUCUUUCUUAGUUUUUUCAAACUUGCUGCACAGUGGAUUUUAGGCAGUAGUGUCUUUAAGAGAUUGGUAGACACUGUCAUGAAAGUUACUGUCUGGAAAUUCCUAAUGAGAAGAAAAUUACUACCCAGAGCUCUGCAUUGCAGCCAAAUCGUCAAAAUUCAGAAUUCAGAUCAUCUACCCAAGGCACAUGGCUGUUGUUUACAUUAACUCUGCUUUCACAGUGCUCCAGAUUGUAAGUCAUCUAAACUAUCAGUUUUGACUCUCAUCAAUCUCCAGAUGUCACGAAAGGUUAAGGCCAAAGUUAUGGUGACUUUAGCUUAGUCUCUGCUGUAUUUCUUCUAAGACAGAACGGGCUGUGUGUUUCUGUGAGUUCAUGUUGUGUUAUAUGUUUGAAGAGUUUGCAUCAGUACUUCUUCAAGAUGAUUCAGUAUUAAGGAAAAGUAUGACAUGGCUAUUAAGUUUAUCUUUUGGGAACGAAUUUUUAAUUAAUUCUAGCUCAUAAACUCAUGGAUUAGUGUAUAAGCUGCCAGGAAAUUAAAUGUGUGUUUGAAGAGGAAGUACUGCAGUUUGGAGUAUGAUGCUUCUUAUCUUUUGAACAUUAUUAAAAAAAAAUCAGUUCUAGACUCAGAAUGGAGUUCAACUGUGAUACAUGAGUACCUCUUUCAAAAGUUAGGGACUGUAGUGACCAAGGUAUAAUAGAAUGUAUUUUUUAUCAUCCUGCAUUUAAACUGCUGUUUUUAGAAUAGUGAAAAGAGUGAAUAAAAAAGGUAUAAAGUUCUUUUUGCAACCUGAGAAGUCUGAGGUCACACAUCCACUGUGUGUUUAUUAGAAGGUUGUUAUUAUUAAAUGCCUUGGGUAGAAGAGGAUUUGUAAGACCGCUUGUUAGUGUGUCUUUAUAAUUUGAACUGGGCAUGAUUUAGCAAUGACUGCAAAGUCAGUUGAAAUAAUUUCCUUUUGAGAUUCUGAAAAAAGAAAAGAUUUGUCAUUGAAACCUUAAAGAUUGACUUCCCCUAACUUGGUCUACUCUCAGUAAACAUUCAGCUUUCCACAGUUUUCAGUUUCUUUGUUGAGUGGGAUAGAUAAAGGAGCAGAGUCUCCUGUUAGCAUUCUGUUGUUCUGAAAAAUGCAGCAUUGUUUUAUUUGCAGCCAUCUUCCUACCUAUACCAGAAGUGCUUUCCCUUUCUUGCUGGGAGAUGCUUCCCAGUUGGCUCCUUUGAGUUUGGAGCAGGUUUGUACGUGUGCUCCCUGCAGCCUGCACGAGAGGGCUGGGGCUGAACGCUGUUCAGUCAAAGACCCAGUGCCAUCAGCUGGCGGCUGCCUUCAUGUUCUCUGCCUGCAGGAAUCACAAGUCUCAGAAAAACAUCAACACCCUCCCUCUGCAUUUUCUCACCAUAGGGGUUUUUACCUUGGUGAAGUUAUAUUGGACAGCUGUUGACUUGAAAGCUGCUUUUAGGAUGUCUGAAGAUGAGGAAAAAGUUAAACUCCGCCGAAUCGAACCUGCAAUUCAGAAAUUCAUUAAAGUGGCAAUUCCAACAGAUUUGGAAAGGUUAAGAAAACACCAAAUAAAUAUCGAGAAGUAUCAGAGAUGCAGGCUCUGGGACAGAUUGCACGAAGAGCACAUCAAUGCAGGACGAACGGUUCAGCAACUCCGUGCCAAUAUGAGAGAGAUGGAAAAGCUCUGUUUGCGAGUCCGGCAGGAAGAUAUCCCAGUUCUGUGGAGAAUGAUAAAUCCCAUUAAAGAGGAAGCUUCAACUGCUGUUAAAGACUUCCUGCAGCUGCAUUCUGAAUCUGCAGAAGAACUUAAAAGGCAACUGAAAGAACAGGAGGAUGCCUCUUUAACCAGAUCUGCAACUCUCGGUCAAGAAACUUUACAUAACACGGAAGUGAAGGAUGGCUCCCAAAGUUUGAUCCAGAUCUACUCCCAACUUCCAGAAAUACCUCAGGAAGAAAAUGCAGCUGAGUCCUGGGAAAGUUUAGAAGGGGACUUGAUUGAGCUCAGCCAGUUGGUGACUGAGUUUUCUCUCUUAGUCUGUUCCCAGCAGGAGAAGAUUGACAGGAUUGAAGACCAUGUCAACAGUGCUGCUGCGAAUGUUGAAGAGGGAACCAAAAACUUGGGGAAGGCUGCAAAAUACAAGCUGGCAGCUCUGCCUGUGGCAGGUGCAGUCAUUGGUGGAGUGGUGGGGGGUCCUAUUGGUCUCCUUGCAGGCUUCAAAGUAGCAGGAGUUGCAGCUGCACUUGGUGGUGGGAUUUUGGGCUUCACAGGUGGAAAAUUGAUACAAAGAAAAAAGCAAAAAAUGAUUGAGCAGGUCUCUUCCAGCUGUCCAGAGCUUUCUCACCAAAGUGCCAAAAAAUCCAGCUGAAGUAUAGAUUCAUUAUGGCCAGGAACAACAGUGUAGCAGCUGAACUAAUGACAGACUUGCAGCCUUAUGCUUUAUAUACAAGGCUGAGUUGUGUGAAUUUUGAUGACAGUUCUGUUCCUUGGGAGGGCUGAAACAGUCAUGUCGGAAUUUCUCUUUUCAGACAUGGUGACAUCAGUCCUUUGAAAAUUAUAUGGAAACUUUUAAUUACAUAAUUCUUAGGUAAGCUAUAUUCACAGCUGUAAUAAUGGGUGACAGGUGCUUCAUGCCAAAUUUGCACAAAGUUUUUUCCAGACAAUGCAAAGAGAUACUUGGAAAAUCCUAGUGCUUUCCCAUGAAUGCCAUGAGAAGCUGGAGCUUUUAUUGUUGUGCUCCAAAGAAAAGGAAAUAAAUGGCAUCAUUCUUUCACACUUAUAGUAUUCUAAAUUUAAUUUAUGUGGAUUCCCAAACUCUUCUUGUGAUUCCCCAGGAUAUGACUGACUGUGCCUAUUUAAUAAUGCACGGGGAAGCAUGUGCCGUUGUAAGAAAAGAUGAGAAUGUUGGGUGAGCAAAGUGGAAAAAAGUUACGUCUAUAUCACAUCUGCCUCUAUCAGCCAUAUCAGACGAGCACUGGAAGCAGCCUCUCCCCCUUCCAGGCAAGGCAGUUAAUUUGUAAACUCCUCACCUUGCUCAAAGUGUAGUUCUGAAUUCAGCAGUCUAAGCAGCAACCCUGCAGCACUGCUACUGGAUGGUAAUCAUUUUCCAUAGAUGUUCAGCUCCUCGGCUUGUCCUGAGAACACCGUACAGGAUGAAAAGCCAAGCUCUGGCAUUCUGAACUUGAAGCCUCACAUUGCUGAAGCAGCACUUACUGCAAGAUGUUGCCUUUGCUUCUCCUGGAGCCCAGAGCGCCCUAGUGGGAGAGCUGAACAACUUCCCUGGAAGGCCAUGCUGGAGUCAGGCCCACUCCCUCCACAGGCUCUUGUCCCUCAGGGGUGGUGUGAGGCCCCAGGUUAGCCAGAGAAGCAGAGGCGCCAUUUCAUGCUGGCAGUCCCAGAGAUGGGGACAGGCUUGGAAAUCUCAACCUGAUAGAGCUUACAGCAUAAACCACCCUUGCUUGGGCAGCUGCACUCUUGCAUUACUCUCCCGUGCCAAACCUUCUGCUUCCACCCACACUGCAGUGUAGCUGCUCAGCCUCUUCAAGAUUUUGGGACAUGCUGGAGCCUGUAUGGGAUGCUGGCAGUGCUUUUGCUUGCUCUUUAUAGUGGACACCUGUUAUCUUAUCCUCCUUAAGAAGCCUUUUGCUUCUGGAACUUCCAUUGUUAAAUGCAAAAGUGUUAACGUGUCAAGUAAUUAAUUGUUUAGGUAAUUGUCAAAUAAUUGUACAAUUGUCACAUAAUUUACUGUUACU